AUGAAAAUCAACAAUGAAGGAUGGACUCCAUUGGAGUCCAAUGCUGCUACUUUCAACAUGUUCCUUUCCAAAACUGGGGUGAAAGGAGUAGAAUGCAUCGACGUUUUCUCUUUCGAUGAUGAGGUCAUACAAUUCGUUCCCAAACCUCAACUGGCGAUAAUAUUCUGCUUUCCUGAUUACAAGAUGAUUGAGAAAAUCCUAAACCCACUCUAUGAGGAACUUCGGAAAGAAGGCAAGAUGGAUUUCCCAGAAGUUUUUUUCAUGAAGCAGAAAGUUGCACACACUGACAGUGUCUUUGCUCUGUUUCAUGCAAUCGCCAAUCUCGAGCAAAUUGUUGACACAGGAAACGAAUCCUUUGCUCAGUGGCUCCAACAAGCAAAAGCUACCAGCAUUGAUGAUAGAGCUGACCUGCUUCACAAAAGUGAAGCACUGGCAGAAGCUUAUGCUGAAACUGUUCAACGUGAGGAUAGUCCUCAGUCUGAGAAAGAAGAGCGUCAUUUCAUUUGCUAUGUGAACAAGAACGGAAACCUAUAUGAACUCGAUUCUCGAGCUCCUUUCCCACGGCUAAUUGGAACAACUUCAACCGACACACUUGUCAAAGAUGCUGGAGAAGCUUGCAAAGGAUUGAUCAAAAGAUUCAAAAAAACCAACCUAUCUGCUAUGGCGUUGAUAAAAACUCUCUAA